UAACGACGCGCUCUUGUGAAAUUCCUCUAACUUGUCACGAUUGGACAGUGGCGGUGGUUUUUUUUUCGGUGUGCGGAAACGAGGGGUCGCCACUUUUCUUUUUUUUUCCGCGUCAAGUUCGUGCCAGAAACUUUUUCUUCUCUCUCCUCUCCUCUUCUUUUUUUUUUAAAUAAGUGGGGCAGACAUUGGCAAGACGCUCACAAUGGAAGCCGCCGAAGCGACGUUUUGUGCCUCGUACUCUUCUUCCCGUUGACUUUCUGUUCUUUUAGUUUGGUUCGCCACUUUCGACUAACUUUUUUUCUUUAGCUUUUACGCCACAUUUCCGUUAUGCGAAGUCCAAACUGUUGUGUUGUCGACGUGCUGCGGUGGGUGCCCAUCCGAGAUAACGGAGAACUGAUUCUCAGCCGGUCUGGUAACUGCAAUGAAUGGUAACACAUUCCAUCCAGCCAACACCAGUGCAACAUCAGGAGGCGGCCCUGGCGUUGCAGCGCCCCCGAGAGGCUGGAGAGAGUUCUGCGAGCUGCACGCCAUCGCCACUGCGCGCCAACUUGCGGGACACUACCGGAGCUUUGCCAGGGAGCGCCCCCAACAUGAGGUCCUCCCGCCGGAGACGUUCUCCAAGCAGUUCACUGACCUCUUCCAGCAGCACUUCACAUACGAGGUCGAUAAAGAUGGCUCUCUCCUCCAGCAGAGCACUUGCCCCACUGCUGCCAGCAAUUCCGCUACGGUGGCCCCACCCAUUCCUUCGCAGACCGUGAUCGGUCGAUUACGGAUCACCUCUUUGUCUGGGGUGCAAGACUACCGGGAGGCGGGUCGACAAGCCGGAGGAGCCGCUCGCUUUGCGGUGGUGUCCCCCAAAGUUGAGCCGGUUGUGGUGUGCAGGGAGCAAGAGGAACUGCUGCGGUGUGCCCCAGGAAACCCCCGAUCAAGAAACCCAGUGCUGCUCAGGGGCUUGACCCGUAGUUUCGGAAGCGGGUCGGUGCUGUUCCGCAGCCGUAGUAACGAGGAGCUGUCCGGCACAGACAGUCGACAAGCAUCUGACUCCUCAGCCUCCAAUCCUGCACACGAUGUCACACACUUCUCCGUUAGUCAGAUUCGGCAAUCUGUCAGGCGGCUUUUUAAGAAACGGCCUCUUCCUAGGCCCCCCUCAUCACAGGACCUGUCUGCCAGCAACCCUACCCAUGCCGUCAUCAGCCCCUCAAACAGCCCCUCCUCUUUCUCACAAACCCGCUCUUCACUGAACUUUGACGCGGCGCCUGCAGCUUCACCGUCAUUAUCUGGAGUAGCUUCCAACUUCCUGGAUCGUUUCCGUUGGUUACGCAGGUCAGAGUUCAACAGCUGCUGUAAAGAAGGUCAGCUGAGGUACUUGCUCGUGGACGACACCAUCUCAGACUCGCAGCCGCGCUGGCAGCGCUGCCGCCUGCUGGUCAGGAGGAUCAGGGACGCUGAAGGCAGAGGAGGCGAGAGCUACCAGUUGGAGCUCUAUGAUCCUCCAAAGGCCUCCGGCCCCAAACUGACAACUCACUGCUCAGAUAUCCAAGAAGUCCGUCGCUGCAACCGGCUGGAAAUGCCCGACAACUUAAACACGUUUGUUUUAAAGGUUAACCGAGGCAGUUUGAUAUUUGAGACGGACAACGACCAGCAGGUCAGCUCCUGGACCACGGAGAUAAAAGAAUGCAUCAGCAACAGGUCGGCCGGUGUGGCCCUGGAGCCCCUCCCCUCCCCGGCUGACUGCUCUGUUUCGACCAAUCACAGAGCGAGCUUCGAUUUGGGAAUUCAGAGCGAGUGGCGACUCGGCUCCUCAAACCUGGUCCCACAAGCACGUCCUGUAACAAUUAGCUGCCCGGUCACCCUGACUCUGGGGGAGACCGUCCUCCAUAAGACGGAUCACUUCCUGUUUUCCUACCCAUGGUUCCACGGGCCCAUCUCCCGGGUCAAGGCGGCCCACUUGGUUCAAAGCUCGGGCGCAGAGGGACACGGCGUGUUCCUGGUGCGUCAGAGCGAGACACGGCGAGGAGACUACGUCCUCACCUUUAACUACCAAGGCAAAGCCAAGCACCUGCGCCUGUCGCUGACAGACGGCGGACAUUGCCGGGUGCAGCACCUGCGCUUCCCUUCCGUCAUGGAGAUGCUCAACCACUUCCAGCUCUCGCCGAUCCCGCUCGAUUGUGGAGCCGCGGGCGCCGUCACGCUGUCCAGCUUUGUGGUGGUGGGCUCCAAUCCUCCAUCACAAGGUCAGCACCGCUGGAACUCCGAGCCCAGCUUGGCUCACUGCAGCCUGUCUCGCAGCCAGCCGCAAUCUUCCUCGUCUACUUCCUCUUCCUCCACCUGCGCCGGCAGCGCUCAUGGUCCCGGCCCGCAGCCGUCUCCUCGCGCCAACGACCCGGCCCGGCCCCCGUCGGCGACCACCCCCCUGCGUCGCAGCGAGUCCAUGGGGAGGCGACCGCUGCUUCGCCACAGCAACCCGCACCCCCCCGUCAUCUCCCAGCGAGACUCGGACUAUGAGCUGGAGCCCGAGCGCGGCCGCAAGCGGGCCAUAGACAACCAGUACAUGUUGCUUUGACCUCUUAUGGAGCUGAGGCGCAACUGCAAGAGAAUGUGUGAUUCCUUGUCUGAUUUGGGAGGCUGUCAGGGGCGUCCACAGUGAAUGUAUGUCAAAUGUUCUUUUUUUUUUUUUUUUUUUUUGGGGAACAGUCUGGGCAAGCAAAGAAAACAUUUUUUUUAUUGAUUUUAUAAUAGCGCUAGAAGCUAGCAACUUCCCAACCAGCAGGGGGCAGCAAAAGAGCAGGAGUACCCGCCACAAUACAAUGAAAUGCUAGCUUAGCACGAGUCAAAGGUGAGUGCUGCACUUUUAUUUAUGAUCCACAAUGAAGUGGGAUGCAUUUUGUUGUUAUUUUGCUAGCUUUCUGGGCUUCUCUUUUAAGAAUACCAUUUAUUUUUUGGCACAACUCUUAUGUAAACGCAAACCCCUUCCCACUCUUGUUUUACAACACCCUAUUCUUUUUUUUUUAUAGCACAUUAUUUUAUUUUGAGGUGCUUUUGGCGAGACAUAGAAUGGGAUCAAGAUUAAGAAGUUCCGUCAAUAACGUCUUAGUUGCGUCGACAGCACAAAAUUCAACUUUUUAUGUUUGGGGAAAUUGGAAUUUAGACCUACUUAUUAGGGAAUAUUAAUGGCCAUAAUGAUCAGUCAAUUCAUUGAGAAUGGUACUGCACGACUUGGCCACAACCAGCAAAGGCGCUGUUGAGUCAGUGUCACGUGACAACAUUUCCCGUUUAAGGGUCAUAAAUACAAAAAAAGAGGAGACAAGAAAUGUUGAUAGGUUAGUGUUUUGGGGGGGGGAAGCUUGGUGGACUAGUAGUUAGCAUGAGUGUUCACUAUAUUAGAAAAUGACAUAACAUUCGAACCCAAACUCCUAAUAUUUCUCUGAAAUGUGGACCGUCACAUCUUCCAGUGGUGUAGUACCAGGACUGACGUGUUGGAAGCGCAGUGUGCUGUAGGCCCAAGAUGAGUGCCGGAAAAUAAACCGAAGAAGCCACGCUAAUACAUCUUUUAUGUCCACCCGGGGGGUUAUUUAUUGCCGACUCUAUCGCAUUCCUUAGCACUAGUGUAUCUGCCAUAUAUUAACGAGUUGGUCGUCCAUUUUUAUAAAGUAUGAAUAUGUCGCCGUACAUUUUUUUCUUCGUUACUUCAGGCUUCUUCAGUCAGCUCGCUUCCUGAUUGGCCAUUGUCAUUCCACGUGACCAGCCUGACGUCUAGCGUGUUGACAGCAUUAUUAGUAUUUAAUAUGACGUCAUAUUCCCAUCCCUUUUAAUCGACGCUUACUUAAAAUCCAUUUAAAGUUGCUACAAUGAACUAACGGACUCAUUUUUUUUAAGUUCGUGCCCCUUAUGUGCCUCAUGCUGCGUUCAGUUAAAACCGCCAUUACUCUUUAGACUAAUCAUUGUAGUCAAGCAUUAAGUUGUGUAAAGCGCCCCAUCACUGCUCACAUUAACAACUAAUAGCAAGAAAAAGGAAGCCAUUCUUAUUCUUUGUUCAAUAGACCUCACCACAUCCAUGUUUUCUGCUAAAACCAAAAGCGCUUUAAACCAAAGCAAGUAAGCAUUUUCCUGGGAAAAUGUGCCUUAAAAAUAUAAGCUUUAUGUUGGUGGAGUCUGCGCUUAAACACUAACGUCCGAUUUAGUUUCACCGUUGCAUUAAUUAUCCGACCAACUUUCAUGAACUAUUCCAAUAAAAGUGACACACCAGCUGAUGUAUUCCAGCAACUGUAACAUGUUGACCAAUCAGGAAUUUCUCUUUACUACUAAGUGGAUACAAAACAAAGAGUGAGGGUGUAGGAACGUCGAGCAAUAAUAAUUUAUAAACUACCAUAUUACAUUUAUAACCUCACACAUAGAGAUAAUUUGUGGGUUAAUGUAUUUUGGGGGGCUUUUUACAACAGUUCCUCUGAGGUCUUUCUUUCUUUUAUUUGCAUCAAAUGCCCUCUUUUUCAUUGUUCUCCUGCUUUUUUUCAUUUGUAUUCCCAUUUCAAAGUUUCGUUAGCCCCCAUCCCAUCAUUGUGCCUUUAUUUGAAGAAAAAUGUCCAAAUGACUUUUUUGUACGUGUUCUCAAUACUGUUUGUGUUUUUACCUCAGCACUGUAAAGCUCCACCUUGACAACAACCACGAAGCUUCCUAAAAAAACACUUGUGUUGUCUUUGCAAUCCAUUUCAUUCAGCCUUUUAAAUUAUAUAUCAACUGUAUAUCUGACUAUUUUGUAAAAUAAACCUAACCAGACUAAAACCUUA